GACAUCCCCUUUUCAGUACCUCUGGGCGUGGUAAUGUUUAAGUGAUGUUUAUGUGCUGAGCUAUAUAUAGGGAGAAGCAGUCACUGCUUUCUUAUCUGGAGUGUAAGAGUGAAAGAAAGAAAGAUCAUUUUGCAGCAAGAACAUGGCAACUGAUGGCAAGCUUGCUUCAAUUGGUGGGAAGUGCCAAGUUGACUUACAAUGUGCAGCAAAUAACAAGGCGCACAGAACCAUUGAGAUCAGCGAGAAGCGUCUGUUACUCAGAAGGGGACAAAGCUUCGAUAUUAAGGUGAUCUUCAAAGAUGGAUUCAAUCCUCAAAAGGAACGGAUAGAACUAGCUGUGGUGACAGGUCCAGAUCCUAAGGAAAAAGAAGGUAGCAAAAUAGUGUUUCCCUUUACAGAGGAAUUAAAUGAAAGAAGAUGGAGUGCAGUAAUUAAGUCUGUCACCAAAAAUGAAUUAAGCCUGACCAUCACAUCAUCGCCAAGAGCCAUCAUUGGUCGCUACUCCCUCAGUCUGCAGCAUGAUUAUAUGGACAUAUCCUACUUCCUUGGAAACUUUGUUCUACUCUUCAAUCCAUGGUGUGCAGGGGAUGAAGUUUAUCUCAACAGUGAUGUUCAGCGAAAAGAAUAUGUGCUGAAUGAAACUGGGACUAUUUACUAUGGUGGUAGUGACUACAUUUGUGAAAGAGACUGGAACUUUGGACAGUUUGAAGAAGAUAUUUUGGACAUCUGCCUGAAUCUAUUGGAUAAUGCCCCCAAAUAUUUAAAAAAACCAAGACACGAGCAUCUAAAAAGACGUUUUGCUGUUCAAGUUGCUCGAACUGUGUCUGCCAUGGUGAAUAGCGCCUCGGACCAAGGAGUUCUCCAGGGUAGAUGGAGUAGCCCAUAUACUGGUGGAGAGUAUCCAGGCAAAUGGAGUGGAAGUAUUGCCAUUCUUCGCCAAUGGCAAAAAAGUAAUUUCGAACCAGUUCGCUACGGGCAGUGCUGGGUGUUUGCAGCAGUGACUUGCACAGUUUUAAGGUCCUUGGGUAUUCCUACCCGUGUCGUCACCAACUUUGACUCUGCUCAUGAUACUGAUGCAAACCUGACCAUUGAUAACUACUAUAAUGUUGAAGGGGACGACAUAGGAGGUUCAUCUGAUAGUGUUUGGAAUUUUCACGUUUGGAAUGAGUGUUGGAUGGCCCGAAAUGAUUUGAACUCGGGAUUCGAUGGUUGGCAAGUUGUGGAUGCAACACCACAGGAGGAAAGUGACGGAACUUACUGCUGUGGUCCUGCUUCGGUGAGAGCCAUCAAAGAAGGAGAUCUGGAUUACAAGUAUGAUGCUCCAUUUGUUUUUGCUGAAGUGAAUGCACAACGUGCAAAUUGGCUGGUGUUUGCUGAUGGAACAAAGAUGAAGAUGGAUGUUGACGUUUUAAACGUUGGCCACUGUGUGAGCACCAAGAAGUGUGGAAAGGAUGAACGUGAGGAUAUCACACACUUAUACAAAUAUCCUGAUGGUUCCACGGAAGAAGCAGAAAUUUUUAAAAAGGCAAAAAUAGUAAUAGCCGAGCCAGCACCGGAGAAGACAUUAAAAGUAUCUCUGAAAGUUAACCCGCCUAUUUACCUCGGACAGACAGUUUCAGUCUCCGUGGUCGUUUCCAACAAGUCUUCAGAGGAAAAAGUCUGUACGGUCAAUUUUUGGGCUAAGAAAAGAAGGUAUCAUGGAAAUACAGAGAAAGAAAACAUCAAGAAAUUUAAAAAAGAGAUCACCAUUCCUGCUGUGGAAGAUAAGAUCAUUCCUUUGGAACUGAGCUACAAGGACUAUGGAACAUUUCCUGAUAUGUACUACCGGAUGAGGCUGAUAACUUAUGUAACUGAUAAAUUACCUGAAAACAAUGUAGCGACAAUGAAAGACAUUGGUCUGCUCAAUCCUCCUCUCACAAUUAAGAUGCUGAACUUUCAUGCUUAUGUGGGUGAAAAAGCACAUGUCGAGAUCAGCUUUACGAACCCUUUUGCUCUUCCACUGAAGAAAUGUUUUAUGACCAUUGAGGGAAACGGUCUGGUUGAUGAUCAAACAAGAGUAACGUUUGACGAUGUAAAGCGAAAUGCCCUUGCAAAAGUGGUGUGUGACUUUACUCCAAAAAAGCCAGGGCAAAGAAAACUACUGGUAGAUAUUGACUGCGACUUAAUGCAGAAUGUGAAAGGAUCUCUGAAGAUUGAUGUCCAAAAGAAGAAAGAAUGAAAAUAUUUCAAAAUGUCUUGUUUCAUUAUGUGAAUUUCUGGGACGUUCACAUGUUAGUCAGUUUACAUGUUUAAGUAUAUUGGCUACAAUUACAAUUUUUGAUCAGCUUUGACUGCUUUGGUGAAUGGUUUCAUGUUUAUGGGAAGUUUGUAUUGGAAUUUGCUUGAAAGAUGUCUAGCUUCCAUAUGGAGCAUAGAGAGAUUGGAGCAAGAUAAAUAGUAGUUAACAACACAAGGUCAUUAUGUCAUAAGUGAUGGGACCAGAAUUAUUCCUCGCACAGCAUCACAGAUAAUAACAUGCCUAUUAUAUUCAUUGUUGCCAGUGGAAUACUGCCGUGAGGUAAUUUGUAUCUUUGAUUGAACCGGUUUUAGAUUUUUGAAGGUGAAAGGAAAUAUUCUGUUUAUACUCUUUGAUAUUUGACAAUAUCACAAGCUAGUAAAACAUUUCUACUAUGAUAGCCAAUAUUAUUCUUUGCUUUUCCUCUGCCACUUUGCAUACAUUGCAUAUUUGAUUCUGAAGUUCUUUAAUUAAAUGGUCUCCUGUGCCAGUUUUUUGGAGCAAUGACUUCCAUUGGACUGAAUGGCAGAUGGAAUUUGGCAAUGUAGUACAGCAAAUGUAAUUCAUCUUUGCGCCUUGGUUCUAAACAUUUAAUCACCCGAUAGCAAGAGACAAUCUGCAAAUAGGGUAUAAUCAGUUCAUCAUACAAUGCCUUUGUGAUUUCUGUAACUGAAAUAUGUUACAAUUUGCAUGAAUUAAUAAAGUUGAUUUUGAAGUCUUUA